AUGACCGGCUCCUGCUGUGGCUCCUGCUGUGGCUCCUGCUCCUCCCAGAGCUGUGGAGGAGGCUGCUGCCAGCCCUGCUGCUGCCAGCCCUGCUGCUGCUGCGACCCCUGCUGCUGCCACCCCGUGUGCUGCCAGACCACCGUGUGCCGCCCCGUGACCUGCGUGCCCCGCUGCACACGCCCCAUCUGUGAGCCCUGCAGCCGCCCCAUCUGCUGUGACCCCUGUGGCCUGCAGGAAGGCUGCUGCCGCCCCAUCACCUGCUGCCCAACGUCCUGCACCGCUGUGGUCUGCAGACCCUGCUGCUGGGCCUCCACCUGCUGCCAGCCCAUCUGUGUGCAGGCUCCCUGCUGCCGUCCCCCCUGCUGCCAGCCUGCGCCCUGCCGCACCACCUGCAGGACCUCCUGCUGCAACCCCUGCUGCAACUCCUGCUGCAACUCCUGCUGCUGA